GACGAACAGUCUUUGUAAGCUAUUGUAAAAUUGAAAAUAUCUGUCAAAGUUAACGAAUAUCGAAGAGUGAGAAAUAAGAAGUUUUCGAGAAGAUUAUAAAAAGGAUUUUUUCGAAGUGAUUUUGUUUCGAGAAUCAACGAUGGAAUCAAAAAACGAAGUCUACGUAAUAUCGUUGGACGCUGUUGACGUAAAUUUGUUGCCAACAAGUUACAAGUACGCUCACGAGAAAAUCGUUCCGCUUUGGACUAAAAGCAACUUGGAUCUGAGGAAUAAUGAUUAUUACGAAUUUGAGAUCAGAUCAAAUGAAUGUAUUCAACGGAUAGAUAAGAAAAAUUUUACUAUCGAAUUUAUGACAUGUCAUAUUUGUGACAUUGAUGUACCAAGAGUAUACUUGAACGAACACAACAAAAGCUUCAAACACAAAUUCAAUACAAAAAUAGCGGACGUCGCUUUAAAGCGCCUACAACUAUACAUGACAAGAAACGACAAUACAGAUUCAGAAAAUAUCGAAAGAGAUCCUUCCACAUAUUACUGUCUGGAAUGUUCCAUAAUUGUUGAUCGUAAAGAUGAGAUUACUCAUAAAAAAUCAAUGCCGCAUAAAAAUUCAGUUCUAUUCGAAAGAUUUCUAAAGGAUUUUCUUUAUUUGUAUACGAAUGAUGAUCAACUUGAUGUUAAAGACACACAAGAUACUAAAACGGAAACAGUUGAUGCAGAUAACGAAUUUAAAAUCGGAGCUAAAAAAGAGCAAAUAGGAAAUAAAGAAAUUGCAAAAAAUCCGACAGUUACAACAGUUGAUAAACCUAAGAUUAAUCUAAAAGACUAUUUAACGAUUUUAAAUAACAAAGUUAAAACAAAACCGAUGUUUUUUAAAGCAAAUGGUAAUUAUGUCGAAAUCGAAACACUAGACGGAAGUGUAGUUAGAGUUUGCGAAGAGAGUUUUCACGCCUCGAGAAAACUGGGGCGGAAAUUUAACCAAUGUAUGAUAUGCAAAGAUAUCUUCGAUUUGAAAUUGUACAAUGAGCACAUACUGAGCGACGGUCAUAUGAAGAUGGUGAGCCUACCGUUAAAGGACAAGCAUUGUGUGCGAGAGAUUAGUGACUCGUGGAGACACUGCUUGGUAUGUAACGCAAUCAUUGAAUGUACCGAUUUACACUCACUUUGUAAUACAGACCACAGUAACAAUUUGCAAAAUCUACUAAUAUCUGAUAAAGUAAAUGAACUUCAUACUAAGAGUGAUACAAAUGCAGAUUUCAAAGUAAAUGAAACAGUUAGUGAGCCUAUACGUUUGUACAAUGACGUUUUAAAAAGUAUCCCUUCAAAUAAUCCAAAAGACAAUAAUGUAAUCGACUCUAACGUUGAUACGAAUAUUAAUAAUAAUAAUAAUAAUAUAGACGAGAUACAAUCAAAAUCGAGAGAACAUAGAAUUCAAUCGAAUUUCAAUGUUAAACCAAAGACGAUUAGAGAAAUUGAUGAAACAGAAAAUCGAAAUGCUACGAUAGAUAAACCAGCUGUUGAACCAGCGACAAAUGUUGGUGAAAUUGUCGAACCGAAUGUUAAUAAUACCGUUGAACAAACAAAAAAUGUCAGUAACAUUGUUGACCCAGCUACAGAUGUCUGUAAAAUUGUCGAACCAGUUACAAAUGUUAGUAUAAGUGUUAAACCGGUUAAAAAGGUUACUACUAAGGUUGAACAAACAGAUAAUGUUGCUAAAAUCGUCAAACCGGUUACAAAUAUUAGUAAAAUUGUUGAAUCAAUUCCAAGUUGUAGUAAGGUUGAUAACUCUGACCAAAAUGUUAGAACAGUUGCAAAUAUAAAUACAACGGAACCGAUAGGCAAGGCUAACGAUCCAAAUUAUUAUUUCUGUCCCAUCUGUCAGGUUAAAGUUCCGAAUAAUUGUGAAAAUAUUAAAAUUCACACUAAGGGACGACCUCAUAAGAAGAAUUUGGACAAAUUAGAGGCGAAUAUUGUCAAAAAAACGUGA